CUCCGCCUGCUUUGCUUCUUCUCCUCCCCCCCUCUCUCUCUCUUCACACUCGCCUCGCCAUUAAACGCAAAGCUCCAAAAAGAAAAAGAAAAAAAAAGAAAACACUUUGUGCGGAAAAAAAAAUUCAUCUUCUCUCUGCUCCUAUCCCCAUCCCCUCCUAAAAUCUUCCUCUCGAACCGUCCCUGUCCGCGAAUUCCUUGCCCCCCGAUCGCCGCCGAUUUUUUUUCCUGGAUUUUCUCCGAUUUUUCGAGGUAUUUUUCGGUGGGGAGCGGCGGUUCCAUUGCCAUUCCUCGACGGGGGUUAGGGUUAGGGUUUGCGGGGAUGAGGGUGCACGGGGAGGUGUCGGACGAUGAGGCUGGGGCCGCGGCGGCGGCUGUGACUGUGGUCGGGGAGACGGUGGUGCCUUCGUCCCCGCCGCCCGCCUCCGCUGCGGGGCAGCAGCAGCAGCAGCCGCAGCAGCUGGUGGUGGGGUACGCUCUCACCAAGAAGAAGGUCAAGAGCUUUCUGCAGCCCAAACUGCUCGCGCUCGCCAGGAAGAAAGGCAUUCAUUUCGUAUCAAUUGAUGAAACGUGCCCUCUCUCUGAACAAGGUCCAUUUGACAUCAUUUUGCACAAGCUUACUAGUAAGGAGUGGCAGCAAGUUUUGGAGGAUUAUCGUGAAGAGCACCCAGAAGUGACUGUCCUUGACCCACCAAAUGCUAUCCAACAUUUGCACAAUCGCCAAUCAAUGCUACAAGAAGUUGCUGAUUUGAACUUGUCCGAUGGUUAUGGUGAGGUUUGCGCUCCACGACAACUAGUCAUCAUGAAAGAUCCAUCUUCUAUACCUGAUGCAGUUGCUAAGGCUGGACUAAGCUUGCCUUUGGUUGCCAAACCAUUGGUCGCUGAUGGAACAUCAAAAUCUCAUGAGCUAUCCCUUGCGUAUGUGGAAGCAUCGUUGCCUUUGCUUGAUCCUCCUUUGGUUCUCCAGGAAUUUGUCAAUCAUGGUGGGAUCCUAUUUAAGGUAUAUAUUGUUGGUGAAACAAUACAGGUUGUCCGCAGGUUUUCACUUCCUGAUGUCAACACAUAUGACUUGGGAAACAAUGAUGGCAUCUUUAGAUUCCCAAGAGUUUCAUGUGCUACAAAUAAUGCAGAAGAUGCAGAUGUUGACCCUUGUAUUGCAGAACUUCCUCCAAAGCCACUUCUAGAGAAACUUGGCAAGGAGCUUCGACGCCGACUGGGUCUUAGACUGUUUAACAUAGAUAUUAUUAGAGAACAUGGAAGAAAGGAUCGGUACUAUGUCAUUGACAUCAACUAUUUUCCUGGGUAUGGCAAGAUGCCAGGAUAUGAGCACAUAUUUACUGACUUCCUGCUAAGCCUCGUGCAAAGCAAAUACAAGAGGCAUCUAAGUGGGAGCUGAAGCGUGGAGAAGAUUCUACUUUUGAGAUGGAGGCUAUCAACAGAUGCCAGCCAGGCCAUGUAACAGUGGCAACUAGAUAGGUUUUCCAGUUUGUACAUAGCAAGGGGAUGGGAUGGGUCUUAGCAUGAAUGAGGUGCCGAUGCCUUAACUGAAGGCACAUACCAGAAAUCAUGGAAAAAUGCAGUGUUUGGGCCGGGGCAGUAUCUGAAGAAAGGUUUUGGCUCCGCACCCAGCCUGUGUAAAAUCGGUUUUAACUCAGUGCCCAACCUGUGGAAAUCGUUUUACUGAGUGCCAACCUUGGCUUCUUUGCAGCAAGGUGUCGUAGCUAGUCCUUAGAGUUUUUGCUUUCAUCUUUUUGUUACCUAACCGAUGCCUCGUUCUUGAAUCUUGAUGAUUGAGAGGUCAGCAAAUUUUGCAUAGGACUCAAAACAUCUGACUGAACUUGUAAUGUGAAGGCCAACUGAAAACUGAUGCAUCCAGUUAGCAAUGUC